AUGGACCAAGUACAACAAGAAAGCGUGGAGUUUCCCGCGAGGCAACGACUACUCCAACAACAACAACUUCAGCAGGAAACGAGAGCUAGAAUGAGACAGCAAAAACUUAAAUCAACAUUUUUGGGUUACUUGGCAGUGUUGAUAUUUUUUUCCGCUGUACAGUUUAUUGGCAUUGCAUUUUUCACGCUGGGAUUCUUAUUAUCACGACAGGUGUUACCAAAUAUCUCAGAUUGUUCAGGUCAAGAAAUCGAUCCGUGCAUGAAGCCCGCCAAGUUUGAUAAGGCCAUAGUUUUAGUAAUUGAUGCAUUAAGGUUUGAUUUUGCUAUUCCCGUAGACGGGUCUAGUGAAUAUUACCAUAACAAUUUCCCUAUUUUGUAUGACCUCGCUCAACAAGAUAAUGGAGUGUUGUUGAAAUUUAUCUCCGAUCCACCAACAACAACAUUACAAAGGCUAAAGGGAAUGACUACAGGAUCUUUGCCUACGUUUAUAGACGCGGGAUCCAAUUUUAAUGGAGAUGCUAUCGACGAGGACAAUUGGGUGUCUCAAUUGCAAAAGAAUGAUAAAAGUAUAGCAUUUAUGGGAGAUGAUACGUGGUCAGCAUUGUUCAGUCAUAAUUUUAAUCCUAAUUUAUCAUUUCCAUAUCCCUCAUUAAACGUUUGGGAUUUGCAUACCGUUGAUAAUGGGGUUAUCGAGCAUCUUUAUCCGUUAAUGCAAAAAGAAAAUUCGUCCAAAUGGGACGUGUUAAUUGGGCAUUUUCUAGGAGUUGAUCAUGUUGGACAUAGGUUUGGACCUAAUCAUUUCUCAAUGAAAGACAAAUUAGAACAAAUGAAUAAGGUUAUAAAGGAGGUUGUAUCGAAUAUGAAUGAUAAUACAUUGCUUAUAGUAAUGGGAGAUCACGGUAUGGAUUCCACUGGAAAUCAUGGUGGAGAUUCCCUAGAUGAGUUAGAAAGCACUCUUUUCAUGUAUUCAAAGAAGAAUGUCUUCGAUAAGAAGAAUGCAGCAACUUAUGAUAUUACCAAUUUAGGUAAGAAUUAUAGAUCGGUUCAUCAGAUAGACCUUGUACCAACAAUAUCCUUACUUCUCGGUUUACCUGUGCCCUAUAAUAAUUUAGGAUUUCCUAUCGAUGAGGCAUUCGCUAAUGAGCGUGACCUUAGUAGCGCUGUCUAUAAAACUUUAUUCCAAAUUCGAAGGCUCAGAUUGGCGACGCCAAACUUAUCUUUCGAAAUUACUGAAAGAUUUAGCUACUUGAUAAAUGCUUAUUCAAAACUAGGCCGUGGAAAAUAUCACAGUUUUAUCGAAGAAGCUAAGAAAUAUCAAUCUGCUGCGUUGGAGGAAUGCAAAAUGCUUUGGGCUACUUUUGAUUUAAAAACAAUAACAAUUGGUAUAAUUCUUUUGUUCAUGUCAUUCACCUUCAUAAUGACGUAUUCUAGAUCUAUUCCUUCAGUAAGGGUACUGACUAUGUCUUUUGAAUUUAUAGGAUCUGUUAUUGCUAUGUCUUUACUAGGUCUUGUUUCAAGUCUGUCUAUUUACGUUGUCUUGAGUCCUAGAGGGUUCGACUUGAAGCAAUGUCUUUCAAUAGGGUUAUCAUUAGGAAUAAUAACUGGUUUUUGGGCACCGAUCAUGGACAGAUUUAGUGUGAAUUGGCUCUGGCAUCAAGUGGCAGAUUUUUUCACAUAUAACUUCAAUUUUUGGUCUUUUUUGGGUCUCCUAUUCAUAACUUUGCAUAGUUUGAUCUUUGCAUCGAACUCUUACGUCAUUUGGGAAGACAAGAUGGUGCUGUUUUUUCUAUUAGCUUUUGGUGGUUGCUGCUUAUUCCGUUGUGCAACAAACAGAAACAUGCUGACACCGGAGAAAAUAUUAGCUGCGCUGCACUCGAUAACCUUCAUAAUUUUUACAAGAUUAGUUUCUAUGAUAAACUUAUGCCGUGAAGAGCAGCAAAUGUUUUGCACAUCUACGUUCAAGACAAAUUGGUGGACAAUUGCCCUAUUACAUUGCUGUUCAUAUGCUCUUCCCUUAACUAUAAAGUCAUUUUACAAACUAACAGAUUCUUAUCACUCAGCCGCUCCUAUUUGGAUUGGAACGGGACUUAAAUUCAUGAUGACAAUGAAUGCAUUUUAUUGGACUUUCGAAUACAUAGAAAAUGUCGAGUUUCUUAAGCAUCAAAAUUCAUUCAUUAGUGGGCCAUUGCUAAAGUCAUUGAAAUUAGCCAUUGCCAGGAUUGUGAUGUUUUUUUGCUUAGUUCUUGCGAACUUCAGUUGGUCGAGGGGUCCGCUUUGUGUCAAACUUGCCUUGACGGAGUCUGACGGUGAUGCUUUCACCGGAGAUCAGCCAAGGAGAACGGCUACGAUAUUAGGCUACGAAAAUGUAUACGGUUCAUCCUACUUCUUGUUGGUCUUGAAUUUCACAGUUGCCGUAAUGCUUGUCAUGAAGCCAAUCGGGGCAAUUUCUAUCUGCAUGCUACUAAUUCAAAUUCUUUCGCUCUUAGAACUUUAUUACAUCCUAGAUUUGCGGAGGAAUUUGAUAGCCCCAAUACUUUUUGGACUUUUAGGGUAUCAGCACUUUUUCAGCACGGGACAUCAAGCCACAAUUCCAUCUAUUCAAUGGGAAAUUGGAUUUAUGACAACGGAAUCUAUAUUCUUUCCGUUCACGCAUUUGAACAUUUUAUUGAACACAUUUGGAUCCUUUGUAAUUAUAUGUUUAUCAAUACCGCUCAUCACUUUAUGGAGGCUACCACCCUCGAAUAAGCCUAUCACAGUCUUGUCCCAAAUAAUCACUGAUAUAACGACUUUAAUGACCUAUCAAACCCUAACAAGUUUGUCAAGCUUAAUAUUUGCAGCCUAUUUCAGAAGGCAUCUUAUGGUAUGGAAAAUCUUUGCUCCAAGAUUCAUGCUUAGUGGUCUUUUGUUAAUUGUCACUAAUAUUACAUUGAUUAUAUUCACACUCUGGUUUGGAACGGGGAAGAUUUUGACCCAGGUCAACAGAAUAUUUGGUAAAUAA